AUGAAGCACAUUUCACUUAUUACACUCACUCUUCAAAACUCACUUCUCAUCCUCAUCAUGCACUAUUCCCGAGUCAUGCCGGCGGUCAAUGGACAACGAUAUCAUACUUCAACUGCGGUUUUCUUCAACGAGGUCCUCAAGCUCGCCUUCAGUCUGUCCAUGGCCCUGUACGAGAUCGCGAGCAAUCCGAAAUCACCAGAGACGUCCACAGUAGCAGGAAUGUUUGGCGAACUGGGAAGAGCAGUGUUCACUGGCGAUAGUUGGAAGCUGGCGAUACCAGCAAUGCUCUACACUCUGCAGAACACUUUGCAAUACGUAGGAGUGAGCAACCUCGAUGCUGCAACGUUUCAAGUGACCUACCAGCUCAGGAUCCUCACAACGGCGUUGUUCAGCGUCGUUCUCCUUGGACGAUCGUUGAGUUUGCGGAAAUGGCUAAGUCUUCUUCUGUUGAUGGUUGGAGUUGCGAUUGUUCAGAUACCAGGAUCGCAUUCGUCGAACGAAGUUCUAUCGAUUCACGAUCUGAAGGAUAGUGGCUCGUUCAGUGCGCCUAGAGCAAUUUGGGAGUUGAAAGCAUUGGGUAACGCUGCUGCUGGACAACUGGAGAAGAGGUCAGCAACAUAUGAAGGCAUCGACGAGGACUUUGCGGCAGCGACGCCACAGCUGGAUGCUUCGAUCGGUCUGAUAGCUGUCGCCAUUGCCUGUAUGAUUUCGGGACUUGCUGGGGUCUACUUUGAGAAAAUUCUGAAGGAUUCAAGAGCCGAUGCGCAGCGAUCAACGGUAUGGGUGCGCAACGUGCAGUUGUCUUUCUACUCCAUCUGGCCAGCAUUGUUCAUUGGUGUGCUUUUCAAAGAUGGUGAGCAUAUCGCGAAGACUGGCUUCUUUGCAGGUUACAACUCGAUUGUGUGGCUGGCCAUCACAUUCCAGGCCAUGGGCGGAGUCAUCGUUGCUCUGGUUGUCAACUAUGCGGACAACAUUGCGAAGAACUUUGCGACAUCCAUCUCUAUCCUGAUCAGCUUUCUGGCCAGUGUGAUCUUCUUUGAGUUUCAGAUCACUAGUGCGUACCUCGCAGGCACUGCAGUUGUCCUUGCAGCCACGUACAUAUACAACAGUGAGCCUGAAUCGAAAGCAAGACCUCCUCCCAUUAGCGUGUCGGAUUACGAAAAGAACAGCGGACCAUCAUACUUCGAUCUCGAAGCCGUGGCUACGGCAGGCAGAUCACCUAUGCGCUCGGAUGCGCGCACUACCAGCAGGCCUGGUACUCCAACAUGGGAGCGCAUGCGCGUCCGCACUCCGGGAUUGACGCCAAUGAGACGAGAAGUGUAA